CAGUAGACCCGUAGCAAACAUCUCAUGUUUGAUUUUGCAGCCUAACAAGUCAUUUGUGAUCUCAAGAUUUGUACAGGAAAUGAGAAAUAUACCUAGAAAAGUAGUAGCAGUUUGAAUAGCACACUGGCAUCCAUUUUCAAAAACAUUGGACAGGUCCCGGUCCCACUCGCAGCCAUGUCCCGGCCGGGAGCGGUACUGCUGCUGCUCCUGGCGACGGCAGCGGCCGCGGUCCGGUACCGCUGGCUGGACCCGGCACCCGUUCAUAGCCCUGCUCUUCAGACCAUCUCGCUUCAAUCAAAUAUUCAAUGUGGGAUGAAAUGUGAAGAGGAAUCUCUGAAUCGAUGUAAUGCUUUCAGUUACAAUCCAGCCGACGGCACGUGCCGUCUGUUCUCCGGUCGCUGCGGUGGAUCGGCCGGUAACAGCUCUCAGCAGAAUAUCGGACAUUACAUGGCCCGCUCGAUGUGCUCAGACCCGAGUACCUGCGUUUGCCCGCCCGACUUCACUCUCUGCGCCGGCCUCUGCCUGAAGCGGCUGGACGAGGGGGGCGCAGUCAGCCACUCCGAGGCCGUCACAGCCUGCUCCGCGCUGGGCGCCCACCUGGCCGUGCCCCGCUCUCAGCAACAACACCAGUGCACCGUCGACCUCGCCACCGGCAUCCAGGUGUGGCUUGGUAUCACCAACACCGUGCUGGCCGGAAAGUACACGGGUUUCGACGGCUGCGGCGAGGUGCCCCCGGCGGAGCAGCACUGGGCUGUGGACGAGCCGAGUAACCCCGAUACCCAGCCGCUAGUGGCACUCAGCACGGUGCUCGAAGGCGGGUGGAAGGUGGGCUGGCACGACCUCGAUGACCGCUUCUCGGCCUGGCCACUCUGUCAGAGGCCGCUGAACUGAUACGGAAAACUGGCCGGAAAACCGUCAGACCGUCUAAACGAGCGGAAAACCGUCAGACCGUCUAAACGACCGGAAAACCGUCCAACCGUUUGAACGGCCGGAAAACCGUCAGACCUCCUAUACGGACGGUAAACCGGCAAACCUCCUAUACGGUUGGACAACAGUCAGACCGUCUAGAAGACCGGAAAACCGUCAAACCGUCUAAACGGUUGUCUCACGGUCGUCAAGCGUCUAAACGCUCGUCUGAUGGCCGUCCGACGGUUAUCACCUAUCACACUGCAAUGACGAACACUCCAUAUAUUGGAAGCGUGCACUGAUCUAACGGCUCUUGAUCUGAGUCCAGUUACACCAACAGAAAGAUCACCGGCUUUUGUUUUUAUUUCUGAAAGUCUCCGGCAGGUUAAACCAGCCACGCGACAAACUAGCCACUGAUGCGACAAAUGAGCAAAUGGGCUGGCUGAUAUCAAUUUCCACGUUAGCUGUUUUUUUUUUCACGUAGCUGUCGAAAUUCGACGGCGGCCUUAGGUAAAAAACCGCAGCUAGUGAUUUUGAUUAUGGCAAAGCUAGCAUCUAUCUGCAACGUCUUAGCACUAUUCUAUGUGUUGUGAAGUGCGAACAAUAAAUGUCUGGUCACUUUCA